AAUCCAAGAUGGCGGAUUUACGUGUCGGAUUUGUUGGCGGAGGAAACAUGGCUUUGGCCAUUGCUGAGGGCAUUAUGAAGUCAGGAUUUGUGGAGCCAAAGAAUAUUAUUGUCAGUGUUGUUACUGAUAAAAGCGUUGAGAGGUGGCAGAAAUUAGGUUGCAUAGGAACUAAGAGCAAUAAAGAAGUUCUUCAAAGUGCAAGCAUUGUCUUCCUUGCUGUUAAACCUCAUCUUAUYCGAGGUGUUCUAACUGAGCUUAAAAAUGAUUUUACAAGCAAACAUCUGGUGAUAUCRGUAGCUGCAGGACUGAAAAUUCAAGUGUACGAGGAUCACGGUGUAAAGCGCAUUGUGCGAGUGAUGCCAAGUCUUCCAUGUUCUGUACAGAAAGGUGCCUCAGCAUUUGUAUGCGGUAGCAUGGCAACAAGGGAAGAUGCAGCGAUGGUCCAUAAACUGAUGUCAACAACAGGAUAUGUUGAAGAGAUGAAAGAACCAUAUGUUGACAUUAUUGCAUCAUUAAGUGGGAGUGGCUCAGCGUUCGCAUGUCUUGUUAUUGAAUCAUUGGCUGACGGAGCUGUCAAGGCUGGGUUACCAAGACCUAUAGCCAUGAAGUUUGCAGCACUGGCCGUUCAAGGAGCUGGUACUGUUGUGGACCAAUCAGGAAAGCAUCCUGCUCAGAUCAAGGAUGAGACAUGUUCAGCAGGAGGSUCAACUAUCUGUGGCAUCCAUGAGCUGGAGAAAGGUGGAGUUCGGGGUGCUAUGAUGAGUGCUGUYGAAGCUGCAUGUAAACGAUUCGAACAACUAGGCAAUAAAUAAUUAAUGUUUGAUAAGUAAUUAAUGAUUAAUUAAUCAAUUCACAUUUCAUGGAACUGUAGUAAUUGUAGUAUUCAAUAAAUCCAUGAAGUAGUUUGACUACAAAAGUGUGCAAAUGUGUUGAAAAAAGCCUUUAUCAUUUAGUGUGAUAUUGUGCAAUUUUAAUAAAAUGUUUUGCAGAUA